UUCAAUUUGUUUAGGAUUCAGAGAAUUUGUUUUUAAGAAAUUUGUAUUGACAUCAUCGCUUUGCCAACGUUCUACACCAGUAUGUUAUCACUGUUAAAAAUAAUCAAAUGUAUGUACAUAUAAUAAAUUGAAUUAUUUUGCAAAUAUUUAAUAAAAAUUCAAGUGAUCAAAUCGAUGAAUGGAGAGACUGUUACUGUAAACUCGCUUUGUCAUUUUCCACCUUUCAUAUGGUAGUUAGAACCUAUCUAUAUGCUAAACUGUCAUGGGUACUUUCAAUGACGUAGGACUGCCAUAUUUUUUCUAUAUGGGGCCUGCCAGGGGGUCAACCAAAUUGUUGGGGGUUUGGAGGUGGCCAUGCAAGAUGUUUUGUGAUAAUCAAAUGGUGCGCAUAAUAAACAAUUAAAUCAGUAUAACAGCGGGGCGCGUCGUUUUGGCAGAUAUGCCUGAAUCAUUCGAACAAGCGAUCCGGAUUGGCAAAGAAAAAGCCUUUCACUCAAAACAUCCUUCUUGCAUGUGAUAGGAAUUUUACGUCACAAAUUUGAUCGGAAUGAGAGUGUAGUGCCGCAACGAGGUUAUAACUAGAAAUUGGGACAAUGGGCUUUAACAUUUAUCUAAGUUCUGUCUAACAGUUAUUACAUUAAACAAGUACUGUAUAGUUUUCCUAUGAAAUACCAAUUACUUCUACGAUAGGAGUUGUCUUGGUGAUUUUGUUGAAUUCGUUGAUCGCGAAUGCGGUGCCCUACCCCAUUGCACUAUUUUUGUCUGUACGUUUUAUUUACACGUAUUUCUCUUGUUGCGUGUUUUCUUCGCCAAAUAUUUUGGCUAUCUUUAUAGCAGUUACGUAAUUUCCGACGUGUGUAAUUCCGGCACCAUGGCCGAUGAUGAAUUAAAUGAAACUCGAUUGUUUUACACCUAGUGGCGUGUGGAUCAUAUAUACCACGCAAAGUUAAAGGGAAUUGAUUUUUGACAUUCUUUGCAUAAGGGUAUAAGAAAAGUUUAAUGCGUGCUGGUAAUUUGUUAAUAACAUGGUCAGAAAACGACUGCUACACGGUUGUAAACAAUAUUAAUGUUUAAACAGUGAAAGUGUUUCAAUUUAGAUAUGUCUAUUGGAAAUUAUCUUCUUAAGGAUUUUCAUCACAUCAUAAUGUGGUGGUUUGAAAUAUUAUUAAAUAAUAUUAUUAAGGACAACAGAAGUAAUAUCCAAAGAUUUUGGUAAGGGACAACCUUAUCAAAAAAGAGACAUGUCAGAUUCAUCGCAGCACCAAUAUAAUCAACCUCCUCCUGAUAUUAUGCCGAAAGGACUUGCGAUCAAUGGCAUAGGAGGCAGGUUACGCCAGUUAGAAUCUCUUUUUAUCGAUGGUCCUGCACAAGGGGAGGGAAGAGUUGGCCAUACAUUUUCCAUUGAGACACUCAUUGAUAUUUUACUUGUCUUAUAUGAUGAAUGUUGCAAUUCUUCCUUACGGCGUGAGAAGACUGUCUCAGAUUUUAUUGAAUUUGUAAAACCUGUGGCUGCUUGCAUAAAGAGUUUGCAAUUGGCACGUGAAGAUUUUGAGAUAGUAAAAGUUAUUGGCAGAGGUGCAUUUGGAGAAGUAUGUGUUGUAAGAAUGCGCGGUUCGGACAAGGUAUUUGCGAUGAAAAUUUUGAACAAAUGGGAAAUGCUAAAGCGUGCAGAGACUGCAUGCUUUAGAGAAGAACGAGAUGUACUGGUGUACGGUGAUCGUAGAUGGAUCACAAAUCUUCAUUAUGCCUUUCAAGAUGACAAUAAUUUGUAUUUGGUCAUGGAUUAUUACUGUGGUGGAGAUUUGUUAACACUAUUGAGCAAAUUUGAGGAUCGCCUUCCUGAAGAUAUGGCUCGUUUUUACAUAGCUGAAAUGGUUCUAGCUAUUGGGUCCAUACAUGACUUACGUUAUGUACACCGCGAUAUUAAACCUGAUAAUGUUUUAUUAGACGCAAAUGGACACAUUAGAUUAGCAGAUUUUGGAUCUUGUUUACGAUUGUUUGAAGACGGUACUGUACAAAGUAAUGUUGCUGUUGGUACACCAGACUAUAUUUCACCAGAAAUAUUAAGGGCAAUGGAAGAUGGACAGGGACAAUAUGGGCCUGAGUGUGAUUGGUGGUCUUUAGGAGUAUGUAUGUAUGAAAUGUUGUAUGGAGAAACACCUUUUUAUGCAGAAUCUCUAGUCGAAACUUAUGGGAAAAUUAUGAACCAUAAGAAUUGCUUUGACUUUCCAACGGAUGAUAUGUAUGAUGUUUCUGAAGAAGCUAAGGAUUUAAUGAGAAAACUAAUAUGUAGCUCAGAAUUUAGAUUAGGUCAAAAUGGAAUUGAUGAUUUUAAGAAACACCCAUGGUUUGAUGGAGUAAAUUGGGAAACUCUUAGAGACAGUACCGCACCUUACAUUCCUGAAGUUUCCUCGCCAACUGAUACAUCAAACUUCGAUGUCGAUGAUACAGAUGUUCGCAGUUCUGAUGCUGUACCGCCAGCAGCAAAUUCUGCGUUCUCUGCGCUUCACUUGCCGUUCGUUGGUUUUAGUUUUACUCAAGGCAGUUGCAUAUCGGAUUUGGGUUGUUUAUCUGCUGUUACUCAAAAGGACAAACGUGUACAGAUACUCGAGAAAGAGAAUGCACAAUUAACGCAAACGCUCGAGGAUUUAAAGAAACAGCUUAGUUUGAGUCAUUCUUCGCCGGGAAUAUCACCAGAUUCCAAUAAUGCAACAAGAAAACUUCAAGAUGAAAUAAAUACGCUCACUAAACGUAACUGUGAGUUAGAAUCACAAUUAAAGUCAAUGGAAGUUCCACGUGAAUUACGCAACUUAGAUAACGGUGAUAUCACAAAAUUACGAGAAUUAGAAAAAUUAGUACGAUCGCUUCGAUUAGAGAAAGAAGAAGCUGUUAAAGAUAAAUUGGAUGCACAAGAAAAACUUAAACUUCAAGAUAAGGAAUUAAAAGAUGCUUUAACCCAACGUAAACUUGCAAUGGCAGAAUAUACUGAAGUCACAGACAAAUUGUCAGAAUUAAGACAACAAAAGCAAAAGUUGUCCAGACAGGUUAGAGAUAAAGAAGAAGAAUUAGAGGUUGUAAUGCAAAAGGUUGAUAGUUUACGACACGAUAUUCGUAAGGCUGAGAAAUUACGUAGAGAACUCGAAAAUCGAGUAGAAGAAGCAAUGGCGGAAACAAGUAAAGAAAGAAAAUUACGCGAGCGUAGCGAAGAAUAUUGUAAGCAGAUGCAGGAAGAAACGGAAAAAAUUAGACAAAGGUCUAUGGGAAAUGAUGUGAGCGCAAAUCAUGCAUUAGCAACGCAGGAAAUUAAUAGAUUAAAAGCAGAAGUCGAAAAACUCGAAGUUCAAUACAAUGAAAACUUGAAUCAACAGCAAAGUAGGUUCAACCUUGAGAUUCGCAGCCUUCAGGAACAAUUACACGAAACUGAAACAAGAAGGGAUUUAUUGGAAAGGGAAGUUCAAUUAACGAAAGAAAAAUUAGAUGCUGCAAGAUUGGAAAACAUUACCGAUAGCGAGGAGACUAUCAAUGAAUUAAGUAGACGUCAUGAAAGAGAAAAAAUUAUGCUAGUCGAAGAGAACAAAAAACUUAUGUUAGAACUUAGUACUCUUACCGAUAGUGUUAAUAGAAUACAAGGUGAAAGACGUCAAUUAGAAGAAGAAUAUGAAGAGUUAAGAAAUAAAAAAGAAGCUAUUGCACAGUGGGAAGCUCAGAUUACGGAAAUUAUUCAAUGGGUAUCUGAUGAGAAAGAUGCCAGGGGGUAUUUGCAGGCACUUGCUACAAAAAUGACGGAAGAAUUGGAGUUUUUAAAACACUCUGGAGGUGUAGGAGGUGUAGGAAGUGGUUCCACAAUGGCGGAUAAAAACUGGAGAAAUCGUAGAUCACAGAAACUUGAUAAAAUGGAACUUUUGAAUUUACAAAGUUCUUUGCAAAGCGAAAUUCAAGCUAAGCAGGCAAUAUCUGAAGAGCUUACCAAGACACGUUCAGAUUUAAUUGCUGCUCAAAAAGAGUUGAGAGAUUUUAGACAGCGGUUCGAUACGCUUACACACGAGAUAAAACGCAAAGAAAUGCAAAUAAAAGAGUUGCAAGCAAGACUUGACACAGGCGAUGGCUCUGUCCUAUCCAGCAAAACGUCAAGCAAAUCUCCAAACAUCGUUAGCACCAAACCCCAACGCAUCAUCGUACAUCAGCCGUCAUCACCCCUACCAGUAAUGCGUGCUCCCCGCGUCACGACAUGUCGCUUAUUAACUAGAUUUGUUCCCGUCAACACAUUCAUCAGUCAGAAUGCCGUCGCCAUCGUAUCGCCACCCGUUCUAGAACGUCCUACAUCUCAAAUGUCAUAUUUGGAACAUUUUUUGAAAGAAACUGCAAGCAGUACACGUCACGGAAGCGCAGAUAGCGUCGAAGCUGAUAUUGAAGAUAAUCGGGCACCAAGUAUUUCCAGUAGUAAAAGCAAUUUAUCUGAAUUAAGUAUUGAUCCAACGUCACCGUUGUCCCAUGAGCUAUUGAAUAAAUCAUCCGCAUCUCACGGGCAAGCCAGUCUUCAACCAAAACCAAAAUCUCAUCAGUUCUUAGUAAGAACAUUUUCAGCGCCUACGAAGUGCAAUCAUUGUACUUCGUUGAUGGUGGGCUUAACGAGGCAAGGAGUAGUAUGCGAAGUUUGUGGUUUUGCAUGUCACAUGCCUUGUUGCGAUAAGGUCCCACCUAUGUGUCCUGUGCCACAUGAUCAAACAAAACGACCAUUGGGUAUUGAUCCAACACGGGGAAUAGGUACAGCUUAUGAAGGGUAUGUUAAAGUGCCAAAAAUGGGAGGAGUAAAAAAGGGUUGGGUUCGUCAAUUUGUGGUUGUCUGUGACUUCAAAUUAUUUCUUUACGACAUUUCACCAGAUCGUAAUGCAUUACCAUCUGUGUAUGUAUCUCAAGUCCUAGACAUGCGGGAUGAAGAAUUUAGCGUUAGUUCUGUUCGUGAUUCGGAUGUCAUACACGCUACAAAAAAAGACAUUCCUUGCAUUUUUAGGAUAACAACAUCUUUACUAGAACCACCUGGCUUAAAGAAUCACACGUUAAUGCUUGCAGACACUGAAAGUGAGAAAACAAAAUGGGUAGUUGCUUUGAGUGAACUACAUAGAAUACUAAAGAAAAAUAAUCUUCCUAAUACAACGAUUUUUAGAGCAAAAGAAUUGUUAGAUAAUACAUUGGCGCUUAUUAAAAAUGUGAUGUCAGGAGCAAUUAUUGAUCCGGAUCGUCUAGUCAUUGGUACAGAAGAAGGUCUCUUCUGUUUAGAUUUAGAUCGUAGUGAGAUUGCAAGGGUCGGAGAAGGAAAGAAAAUAUACUUACUGGAAUAUGUAACGGAAGAACAAUUAAUUGUAGUUUUAAGUGGAAAACAACGUCAUGUGCGGCUGGUUCCAGUACGUGCAUUGGAUGGAGACGAAGUCGAAUGGAUUAAAGUUGCAGAGACUAAAGGAUGCAUUACUUUAACGACAGGAGUAGUACGCCGUAGUCCGUUAACUUAUUGUUUGUGCGUUGCCAUCAAAAAGCAGAAUGCAUCGCAAGUGAUUAUCUAUGAAAUAACGCGUACCAAAACACGUCAUAAACGUAUACGUGAAUUAAUGUUAUCAUGUCACGCACAAACUUUGCAAAUUCUCUCUGAAGGUCGAUUCUGUGUUGGUUAUCCUUCCGGCUUUUCUAUCUACAGCAUUUUAGGAGACCAUCACCCUAUUUCAUUGGUCCAUUCUGAGAAUACGCUCUUAGGUUUUCUCACGUACAGCGCUGUGGAUGCUUUACGUUGUAUUGAAUUACCGCGUGGUGAAUUCUUAUUAGUCUUCCAUACAUUGGCAGUUUAUGUCGAUAGCCAAGGCAGAAAAAGCAGAGAUCGUGAAAUUAUGUACCCUGCUGUUCCUACAGCAGUUAGUUAUUGUGAAGGUUACUUAUUAGUUUAUAGUGAAACUCACAUUGACGUGUUUGACUGUACAACUGGAGACUGGUUACAAACGCUUAAUGUUAAACGAGCACGACCAUUAAAUACUUCAGGCUCUCUAACAUCUUGCAUUAUCAACGACAUGCCACAUGUUAUUUUUCUGAGCAAUUUACAUCAACGAGAACUACUGAAUUUAACUCCACUAGAUGCGAGCGGUAGACAAAUGACAAGACCACGAAGAAGGUUUUCAUUGCGAGAAGGAAACAGAGCUGCUCGUCCUACUGACAGACGCUCAAAAAUGAUAUCUGCUCCGACGAAUUUCAAUCAUAUCAGUCAUAUGGGUCCAGGUAAUGGAAUACAGAUUCAACGGCUGCUAGAUUUACCUACUACUGUUGAAACAGCUGAUCAACAGCAUAGUGGUCAUCAUAGUGGCUCUCACCUUCAUAGCAGUCAGCAAAGAUUGUAUGGUCCAGCACUUCAAACGCCAAGUAAACCAGCGCCAUUGCCGCCGAGGCAUCCUCCUUCUGAUACUCGACGUCUUAGUUCUCAUAUAUCUAGAAAUUCAGGUUAUUCACCACAUAAUGGUUCAACGUCUUCGCGUAGAGGACCGGCGCCUCAAAGACCAACUGCUACUCCACCUUCGUUACCACGUACUCCUGUAGACCAAGUUGACUCGGAAUCUGUGCACCUACGAUCGCAUACUCCACUUUCUGUUGGUAGCAUUCCAUCUUUACACGACAAGGAACACACCUCUGGUGGAAGUCCUAGACAUUCAAUAGCUUCAAACAACAGUUCAAAUCCAUCGACGCCACCAAGUCCCGCUCACGAUCAUGGUUCAUCUUCAUACGAUUCAUAAAAAUUUAUUUAACGCUUCUCAUAAUAUUAGUAAGUUACUGUAAUUAUGUGCACCACCUAAUUAGUAGGGUUACAGUAUCUAUGAUAUUGUCUUUUACACACAAUAAUAUUUAUGUUUGAUUUUUCAACUGGAAAGUUAUCAGUUUCUUUUUUUGUUCUUUCUUUUAAUUUUGUGCAAUAUAUUCUCUUGAUAUUGUACAAUAUGUUAACCAUAUUAGAAACAUAACAAACGAGAAUGAUAUUCGUAUAUGCAAUUGAAUUGAAAGGUUGCACAUCAUAAAUAGUUAGUUCGAUACAAAGAUCUAAUAAAUACGUAAAGACCAGUGCUGACACGACAUUGCAAUAACUUUCUGGUUUUAAAGGAUUUAUACAUAAUAAGUUAUAUAAUUAACAAGGCAAUUUAUAGUUAAUGUAACGAUAAAUUAUUGUAAAUAAUGUGUUUGGAAAUCAUUGAGUCAGCUUAACGAUGCCAUAUAUUAUCGAAGCGGGUGUCGUUUUUCUAUUUUUGAGUUUUUAAUGCAGACCAUGCAUAAUUUUAACUUUUGAUCGUCAUGACUAAAUGUUUUUAAGUUAAUCAAAUCGAAAUCUCAGUCAAAUUAUCUAGCAAUAAAAGGAUUAACCUAAUUAAUCUAUCAAUACCUACUUUUCAAUGUAGGUAUAUAAAACAAAAUAGUUUCAAGUAAAACGUAUACUUAAUCAUUCGUAACGGCAUAAACAAAUUCAAAGGAAGUGAAUCGAUCUGAUGCCUUAUGACUAAACCAUUUUUAUUGCGUCAUAAUGCAGUAAGGUACACCAUAUUAUUCAGCGUGUGAAUAGUAGGAAUAAUCGUGCAAUGUACUGGAAACUCCCGCUGAUAAUAAGUAGUUAUUAAGCAAAAUGGCUUAUAUACUUUUAUGCAACGUAUAAGUACUAUAUUUUCGACAAGAAAGGAACAAUGUUAAAUAUUGAUUUAUCCUUACUGCAACGAAACCUGUUUUUUCGUUUUAAAAAUGUGCCGUUUUGUUUAUUUUAUCACUAAAGUGACAAGAUUCAUUUUUAAAAAGCGUAUAUGUAUUAAAAACCUAAUGAUCGAAUAUAUUUAUAAGUGCAAUGCAUAAUGACUGAGAAUAAUAUCGAAAAUGGAACUAAGGCGAUAAAGUAUCAUACUUUUUUUCUUCAAAAAUGAAAUUUUAAGUUUGUAUUAACAUAUUUGUAUAACAGCUUCAAGACACGUUGUGUACUAUAACGUUUUUAAUACUUUUAUAUUAAUACAUUUAAAAAUUAACAAAUGCAAGAAAUUAUAAAUUGUUUUGAAAUUACAGACAAAACAUAAUAUCACAUAAUAGUUAAUCAGUUACAUUCACUUUUUUAAUAGAUAUAAGAUUAGAACAAAACAAGUGAAAUUACGAUAAAAAUGAAAACAUGAUAACAAGUUUUAUAUGUUUUAAUGUAUAGAAUAUAUACAUUUUCCAUGUACAUUUAUAUAAAUUUACUAAUUAUACUAGAAGAAAAGAAAAAGAGUUGGUAGAACAAAAUAACUGUCUCAGGAUUCUAUGCCAGUAGUUAAAGUAUAAAAUUACAUUUAAUGGUUAAGAAUCCCGAGGUGCUUGAUAAUUAUACAGGAAAUUAAUGAAGAUUGGAGACAUAUCUUUAUCUUCAAUAAUUUAAAUAAUGUCAUACAGUAUAACAAGAAGCCAAUUACUACAAUAUUGAUCCAAUCCUUCAGUACACGAAAACGAAGUGCAUGUAAAGAAUAAUUUUGAAUAUAAUAUUGCAUUUAAACUUUCAUAUAUUUGUAAUGAAUUUUAAUGGAAAAGAAAAAAAGUUUAAAAAAAUCUCAAGACGUUUAUGGAAUAUUGCAACGGUAAAAUAUUGAUAUGCUACAUUCCUUGGAAUUCUUUUUUAUUUUCAUAAAACAAUGUCGAAUAUACAUAAACAAACGAAAUUCCAACUCUUUGAAAGAUCCAUCGUUAAUAGACGUCAAAGUUUACCUAAGACAAUUCUAAUGUGCGUAUAAUGCCAAAAAAAAAGAAACAAAAACAUUGAAAUAUCUCCAUCACAUUUGUGUAAUAACGACCUGAACAUAUAUAUUAUAAAUAAAAUAUAUAUCAACUACAAUAGGUUUGACAUUCUUAUAUUUAAAAAAUAUUUAAAAAAAGACCGUUAAUAGAAGAAAAGUGUUAAAGUUAUCGAACGAAGAAUGUAUUAGCACAGGUAUUGGUGUCCGUACCGGAAUAAAAUAAAGUUUAAAAAACAAAUUCUAGAGUUAUUCUAGAAAUGUAAUCGAGAUAUGUUUAUAAAUUAUAUAGUAAUGUACGUAUUAUUGUACUUACCAACGGAAUUCACUAAUUUGUCGUCUCAUCUGCCAUUGUUACUUAAGGGUUCUAAAAUCAAAGAUACAUGUGUUUACAUUUCUGUUGCCUUCUAUUCGAAUCGAGUCUAUCUAUAAAUGGAUAGAACAUACGAAGAAAUAGUCACUUUGUAUAGUAUUGAUUUUCUAUUCUGUAAAUAAUUCAAUUUCUAAAUGAGCUCGCAGUUUCGAAUUUGAUUUUAGACCCUUUAAAUCUAUUUCCUUCUCUUUUUCUUUUGGUGUGCACAUACGACGGUGGAAGUUUACAUAUGUCUUCUAAUAACAUGUAAAAACCACGCUAUUAAUUAUAAUUUUCUUUUUAUGUAUAAUCAAAAUAUACGACUGGCAUUCUGCACCAGAAUAGAAGAAUAUGUAUGCAUAUAUAGAUUGUACGAUUCAAUAGUUUACUUUUUUACGAAUUGUUAGAAUACUUUCUGUAACAAUUAAUAAUGAUUUAUGUAUCCCAUUGGUUUAAUACCAGUGCAUGUAAUGACCUGACUAUUAAUCCCUUUUUUUAGCAAUUUAGUUUAGUGUAUUCUAUAUUAUGAAACUUAUUUAUAAACUAAUAUGUGCAUUAUUUACGAUAUUUAUUAAAAGCAAUUGCAAGCAA